UUGUCUUUUAUCUUUCGCUAUGUUUCAUUUUUCCGUAGCUAAGUUAAAACGCUUCUCAAUUUACUUCCUCCGAGCCCAUGCCAUUGCCAUGGCCAUGCAGAUUUCUUCUCUCUCUGCACUCUCUUCCGAUGCUUCGAUUCUCUUCUCGAUCCCAAAUACUAGCGGGGACCAGCUGCUUCCCCUUCUUACUCUCUUCUGGGUGUGUUGCCCUGUGAAAUUGUUGGUAAUGCCCAGCCAAGCCUUAGUUUGAAGUUUUGCUGAUGGAAGUAGAAGUGGUGGACCUUUAUGUGACUAAUCCAGGACCAAUUGAUGGUUCAGUUUUAUAUGAUCAAGAUAAGCAUGUAUCUACGGCAGUUUGGGAAGGACAGGAGCGUGGUGCUCUCAGAUGCCAUGAACACACUUCAAAGCUUGAUCAAUGGACGCUUACUCAUAAACAGAUUGAAUUAGUACAUAAAGCUGGUUUUGGAUACUUGAGAUCAAUUCCAGCUAUUAGUCUUGACAAUCCUCUUAUCUCUGCCCUGGUUGAAAGGUGGAGAAGAGAAACAAACACUUUUCACCUAAAUGUUGGAGAAAUGACAGUAACUCUCAAAGAUGUUGCCCUCUUAUUAGGUCUGGCCAUAGAUGGAGACCCUGUGAUAGGCAUAACAUACACUGCAUGUGGUUCAGUAUGUGAAAAGUACCUUGGCAAAGCACCAGAACCUGGUUAUACAAGUGGUGGAAUGGUGAAGCUAAGUUGGUUGAAGGAGUUCUUUUCUCGUUGUCCUGAAAAUGCUUCAAUGGAAGUGAUGGAGCAACAUACUCGAGCCUAUCUUCUAUAUCUUGUAGGUAGCACCAUAUUUUCCACCACCACUGGGAACAAAGUCCCUGUAAUGUACUUGCCGUUAUUUGGUAAUUUUGAGCAAUGUGGACGAUAUGCCUGGGGUGCAGCAGCAUUAGCAUUUUUAUAUAGAGCUCUGGGAAAUGCCUCUCUGAAAACUCAAAGUACUAUUAGUGGCUGUUUAACACUACUACAGUGCUGGAGUUACUUUUACCUGAAUAUUGGCCGGCCAAAGCUUAACCAUGAUCCCAUGCGUGAUCAAUUUCCAUUCGUGCUAAGAUGGAAAGGAAAACAAAGUGGUCCAACAGCAAAUCGUGAUGUAAUUUUCUAUCGGAAGGCUUUAGAUUCCCUAAAACCAAGUGAUGUGGAGUGGCUCCCAUACAGAAGCAUGGACAGUAUGGUAAUUUCUGAAGAUAUCAAAAGUACUUUAAUUCUUGGGAGGUCAAAGACAAUGUUGAUAUGCUUCGACAAAGCCGAGAGACAUCUUCCAAAUCGAUGCCUAAGGCAAUAUGGCAUGCUUCAAUCAAUUCCAGAUCAUGUGGACCACUGGGAAAGGAAGAGCCGAGGCGUUGAUGGCGGUGUCAAUUUGUCGGCGAAAAUGGAAUCAGAGCUCAGUGAAUGGAUGGACCGGCAUCUCCAUAUCGUCGAUGGUUAUGAGGAGGUUGAGGAAAACGAAUACAUGCAGUGGUAUCUCAAAAUUACUCGCAGAUUUGUGGGGAGGCCUAUCUCUCUCUCGUCUGAGUUUCAAAGAACAAACAAACCCAAAUGUUUUCAGAAUGCUGGUUUGAGGGAUAUCGCACAUAUAGCAGACACUUUUGCAACUGAUGGGUUGGAUGCAGAUCAAAUUGAAUCAAUUUCUAGGAUAAGAUUAAUUGCACAUGAAUGUUUGAGAGACCAAUUUGGUGCUCCAGCCUUAGUGCCAGCCACCCCACAAGUUGAGCUUGGAAAGAGGGUGAGAGGAAAGGAGAGGGUUAGAAGGAAAGGUACUGGUAAACGAAUGCGGAGGGAUGACGACGACGCAGUUCACUAUAAUGCGGCUAGUGAGGAUGAGCAACCUCAGUUCUAUGGUGCUGCUAUGAAGAUCGAGGAUUUACAAUUAAGUCAUGUCGACAGAGAGGCUGAUCAUGCACAAGUCUAUGCUCUAGACAAUGAGGUCAAUUCUGUACUGCUAAUUCAUGCAGAUGGUGACAGUGGUGGUGAGAAUCUGCACUUAUGCGAUGCAAACUUUGAGCUGGAUCAAUCGGCGUUAGGCUCUGCAGCCAGCGAAGAAAAUAACGAGGAGCAAAAGCAUAUAGCUCCUGAGGCCAAUAAUGAAGAACUAAAAAAUUUAGCUUCUGAGGAUAACAAUGAAGAACUGAAGCAUGCAUCUGAUGCAAUUAUAAGGGAAGAACUGAACCAGGUGAGUUGCAAUGAAAAUGUUGACGAAGUGGAUGUAACUAACAAGGUUGAUGAUGCGCAACCUUGUGAUGUCUCUAAGGAAGCUGAUGAUUCACAGCUCUGUGAUGCAAGUCAUGAGAUCAAGAAUGACGGUCCUUCUGAUGCUUCAUUAGAGGUCAAUAACUCAGAUCAUGUUACUUGAGUGAGGUCAGCUCAUCACUAAAUUAGAUCCUCUGUAUUCAUUUAUUGGGAGAGGGUGACAAGAAAGAAUGUGACUAUAUGAGACUCAUCAUUUUGUGUUCCUCAUUUGCCCCCCUGUAUCUCUCUCUCUCUCUCUGUGUAGUGUAUGCACUGGAUUUUAUAGAUGUAGAGGAUUGGGAUUGAACUCAUCACAAUGCAAUUCAACUUGUGAGGA